CCUCUCCAAUUUAAAGCCAUUAUCCACUGCUAAUAUUUCUAAAUGACUCUACCAUUGUAGGGGUCUUCCAGAUUUUUUUUUUUUAUCUGUUAACAAUGCCCCUCCAAUGACUAAAUGCAUAUAUCAUUUUCCUUCCUUCCUUAUGAAGGAGUCCGGACAAUGCUCCAUUACUAUCCAGGUAGAAUAAGGCUGUAGGAAAAGUAGUUAUAUAUUUUUUUCUAAAAUUCUGUGUCUAGGCAGUAGGCAAAAUGGCAGGCUGCCCACAGAUCACACCAGAGAGACUCAAAGUUAACACCUAGCAAAUCUGCCUAGCAAUUGUUAAUAAAAAGAUAUUCAGAAAGCAGAAAUGAACCUGAGGUACAAGUUCAUCCACAUAAGCAGUGUGGUUUGCUUGGUAGCUUUGCUGCGAAUUUCAUGCUCAUCACUCCUCCAGUAUUAUUUCUCCCCCUUACUAGUACACUUUCUUUCUGCUGAUAGCUGCUAACUACUCAAUGGAAAUUUAGCUCACAGUUUUACGAAGUGGCAGUGAGAGGGAGCCUUCACCUGAUUUAGACUAGUUAUUAAAUUAGUCUUGCAGCAAGGCAAGAAAACACUCAUUAAUUCUACUGAGAUCACAUGUGGAUGCAUCGGGAGAUAACUGGCGGUGGAGACCUGUUUGAAAGCAAGCUAGAGGGAGUGAAUGUUUUUCUCACCCAUGUGUGGCAUUGAGAAGUAAGGAGGUUACAGUCAGUUGCAUAUACAGCUCAGGCAGAUGAGAAGAUGGUCCCACGUACCCCUACAGAUGCUAAUGCCAGAGCCUUAUUAAUUUGCAAUGGACCUUUAGAACAUUAUGACUUUCUGAUUAAGCAAAAAGAGCUGAGGAAUGAUGAGCAACAGAGAAGAGUCGUACAGCACUUGCAGAAGUUGCACGAGAGCCUUAAAGGCUACAGCAUCAGUUCAAAAAGUCUUCUCUCAAAGCUCUUUGCAAAUAACAAACCUCCAAAAGGUCUUUAUGUCUAUGGAGAUGUUGGUACAGGAAAGACAAUGGUGAUGGACAUGUUCUAUUCUCACUUAGAAGUUGAAAGGAAGAAGAGAGUCCAUUUUCAUGGCUUCAUGCUAGAUGUACAUCAGAGAAUACAUCGCCUUAAGCAGAGCUUGCCAAAAAGAAAGGCAGGAUUUAUGGCCAAGUCAUAUGACCCAAUUGCACCAGUGGCAGAGGAAAUAAGCGAAGAGGCUGCGCUCCUAUGUUUUGACGAAUUUCAGGUCACUGACAUUGCUGAUGCCAUGAUUCUGAAGCAGCUUUUUGAAAAUCUGUUCCAAAACGGGGUUGUCGUUGUGGCAACAUCUAACAGGCCACCAGAAGAUCUCUAUAAAAAUGGUCUUCAGAGAGCUAAUUUUGUACCAUUCAUUGCUGUGCUGAAGAAAUACUGUAACACAGUCCAGCUUGAUUCUGGAAUUGAUUACAGGAAACGAGUGCUUCCUGCUGCUGGAAAACUUUACUACCUCACAAGUGAAGCUGAUGUGGAGGCUGUCAUGGAUAAGUUGUUUGAUGAGCUGGCUCAGAAACAAAAUGAUUUAACUAGACCAAGGAUUCUGAAAGUGCAAGGCAGAGAGCUGAGGCUGAAUAAAGCCUGUGGAACCAUUGCAGACUUCACGUUUGAAGAGCUGUGUGACAGACCUCUUGGGGCCAGUGACUAUUUGGAAAUAUCAAACCAUUUUGACACAGUCUUUGUUCGUGACAUACCACUUCUUACAAUGGCAAAAAGGACACAAGCUCGUCGUUUCAUUACCCUUAUUGAUACCUUUUAUGAGCAUAAGGUGCGUAUUAUUUGUUCUGCAGCGACUCCUCUCCAAAGCUUGUUCCUGGUACAACACGACAGUGGUGAGCUAGAGGACAACAGAGUGUUGAUGGAUGAUUUGGACUUGAGCCAGGAAUCUGCCAAAGGACUCUCCAUGUUUACAGGAGAAGAGGAAGUCUUUGCCUUUCAGCGUACUGUCUCACGGCUCACAGAAAUGCAAACCGAACAGUACUGGAAAGAUGGGGACAGAAGCAAAAAAAAAGUUAUAAUUAAAAGUUGAAUAAAACCACCAAGAAGUAAUACUAAGGAAUUGGAAACCAUUUUAGUACAACUGAAAAAAAAAAUUGCACUUUAUCAUCUGGACCUUCUUUUCUUUCAUAGUUUUUUUUUCCUUGCUUAAGACAUGAAGACUUGGUUAUUUUUUCGUACCACCAGCCCAUGGGCUUGUGAAAUUUUACUUUCAUUUUCUUGUCUAUAAAAUAUAACUUUGAUGAUCAGGAAGUUUAAUGGGAUUAGAUUUUUUUUUUUUUCUGGAGAAUUGGUCUAGAGACAAGGUUAAUGGGCCAUGCAGGGUUCACGGUAGAUUUAUAAUGUCAUGUGAAGAGGCCACUUCAUGGUUCGUGCACUGCUUCGGUCACGUACAAUACAGUUUGCACAAGAGAAAAAUCAAAUGCUUGCUUUAUGAAAUGCCUGAUAACGUAUAGGUCCCUGCUAGAAUCCUGGAACUCCUCUGUAGAGUAUUCUGGUGGUGGGGUGGGGUCCCUAUUUUCUGUGUGCAGCCACCUGCAGGCUCUUAAGAGUUUCUUGUAGCCAGACUGUGGCUCAGCUGGGUCCAUCAAAAACUAACGGUUUGAACAAGAAGAGAAGCCUGAGGAUGAGCUUGAAGGUACACGAAACUGCACAGCAUUAAGAUCUAAGUAAUAAAAGAUGGGAAAAGAAACUAUGAUAAGAUGGGAUACUCUAACACAGACGUGCAAGUUAAUAAUCCUGCAGAGAGUAUUAACUAUCUAUUAAGUAUCCGACUGAGAUAAUUGAGGUUGUUCAGCCUGAAGAAGAGAAGGCUCCGAGGAGAUCUUAUAGCAACCUUCCAGUACCUGAAAGGGGAUACAGGAAAGCUGGGGAGGGACUAUUAUAAAGGCUUGUAGUGACAGGACUUGGGGAAAAGGUUAUAAACUGGAAAGGGGCAGAUUUAGGCUUGACGUAAGGAAGAAUUUCUUCACCAUGAGAGUGGUGAGGCACUGGCACAGGUUGCCCAGGGAAGCUGUGGCUGCCCCAUCCCUGGAGGUGUUCAAGGCCAGGUUGGAUGGGGCCUUGGGCAGCCUGAUCCUAGUGGGAGGUGUCCCUGCCCAUGGCAGGGGGUUGGAACUAGAUGAUCUUUAAAGGUCCUUUCCAACCCAAACUAUUCUAUGAUUCUAAAUUUUGUGGUUCUGACUCUGCUGCCUCUACACCAGUGACAGAUCUGUGCCCUGAAUUUUCUCAGGCUCCAUUGAUACCAAGCUGCAAGCACAUCUGCUCUGAUCUGGGGAGAGUGGUACAUAGGAGUGAGUUUUAUGGAGAAGAUGGGAUCUUAACUGAUUUCCCAAAACACAUCACCUAUCCUCAUGUUUGUAGUUGGAAACUUUCUUUUAGUUAAAAAUGCAAUUGUGUCGUUCUUGGUUUUAAUUGAACUGAAACAAAAUAUGGUACUGUGCAUAUUGGCUUAUACUGUAUUUUUAUAAAAACACACUUUAAGAGCAUAUUUAGAAACCUCAAAUAGGGAAAAUAUUGUGGCAAUGGACGGAAACGAUUGCCCUAAUUUCUUAGGGAGGAGACACGUAACAUGAUGUCUCUGAAUUUGAGGGGUUUUCUUGGAUUUUGCAACAUGACCUUUUUCAUGUACUGUUACUUGUUAACAAAAAUAUCCUUCUCUGCCUUUGUUAAGCCUGAUUAAAUUGCUUCAGUCAUAACCCCCAUCACAAUUACAGAAAGCUUUCAAAAGGGACUUCUGGGGUGCAGGGAGGACUGGAGAGGUUCUGUGCUCUUGCAUGUGUUACAGCAGUGCAGGUGUUUUGAAGCUGUGUGCUUGUCUGGGUUUCUGUUCUGAUCACUUCUGUUUGCCCUGGAAGUUCCUUAUGCUGCCUAUACCUGUUCUCCAAAGAAUAUUUAAAGCCUCUAUUUAUAGUUUACAACUUAUGCAACUACGUUGCUAUUCCCACAAAGAUUACUACCGUGGAGAAUUUUAAUGUAUAUUUAUGAAAACCCCAAUCAGAAUACAUUGCUUAUACAUAAGAAUAUCUGAAUAAUUUAUGUAUAUUUUCAGAGAUUUCUAUUAGCUUUCUCAACAGAGGGACUAUUGAGAUUCAUGCAUGUGUGUCUGUAUAUACAUACACAUAUGUAUGCUUAAUUUAUACAUCUAUAUAAAUAUAGAUAAAACUAAUAUAUAUAAUUUCAGUGUGUAUGUUCUGUAUGUUUCAGUGUGUAUGUUUCAGUGUGUAUGGUUCUGUAUUUAUACAUGGCAGUCUAUGCUCAUCAUGCCGGGCCUGUGCUGAUAUCUCUCCUAAAGCUUCAGCCUUGACAUUUUUUCUGGUAGCAUUCAAAUACCUCCUGUCUACUCUGAACCAGAAUGUAUUGUGGGCAAGUGGGAGGUGGCGGGAGAUACCCUAAAGCAUUUUGCAUCUGGAAAUGUAUUUGCAUGAUUUUAAAAGCAUUUUAUAUGUUUAGCCUGUAUCUCCUCCUCCAUCAUGUGGGACAGGGGAAAUGCCUAAUCUUGCAGAAAAUGGGUGAGACGUUUGGGAUGUGUGAGAGGAGGUUCUGGCAGGUUCUGCAUUCCCACAGAGACUGUCUUGGGCAAUGUUUCUUCACACUCUGUGUGGGUAAUGACAGACCUCCCUGAAGCUCGCAGGGCAGAGGUGCUGGUGCUCCAGCUGGUGCAGCUUUGCCCAUCAGCAUUUGAGGCUUUUUGGCAAUUUAAGCAUUCAUCCCAAAGUCAGAUAGCACAGGUUUUUGAAAGGUCCUAUGCACAGUGGAACUCUGGUAUCAUUGAAAACCUCCUGAGAUGUGGGUGAGCUCUGUCAGACCACAUGAGGUAAGUUCCCAAAAGCUUCCAAAGCCAACACUGCUUCCAGGGCAUAUUCCUAAAUAAAACAACAGUGGAGUCUUUCCUUGGCCAAGAAGAAAAGCUGUCUGUUGGGAGUCAUCGUUAUGCGCCAGCUGUAAUCAAGCAGAAAAAAUGAGGAAUAUUCCAGAAGGGUUUGGGGGCUGAAAGAGGCUGUAAACCAGCAAAGCUACUUAAAUCACUGUACAAUAUUUGUGGUUGCACUGCAGAGUGUGGAUUACCUCUGUUAGUUCAGGACCACAAGGAGAGAUUGAUGGGACCAGUUUGUCAGCCAGGCCGGAUGCCGGGGCAGAGAUCCCCGCAGUAACCACAGAAGCAGCAUAUUUAUGUCUAUGCACUUCCCUGAAGGAAGUGAGCCCCUAUACGCUUGUUUUACCAUGCUGCUAGUAAUGUAGCAUGCAUAAAGUCUCUUUCCAGUAGCGAACGUGGAGGAGGCUUAUUCUGAGGCCAAACAACGUCCAGGCUACUGGUGCUGGCCAGAAUCUGUCACUGGGGCACAAUGGACAACACUGGGUGUGUUCUGCCCCAGGGCGCUCGGUCACCUAUGCUCCAAGCAGCCCUGUCCUCUGCUGCCUGGCCUGCUUCUCGCUGCUGGGUCUGAGACUUCUUAUCGCCACAUGAAGAUGUUUGAAUUGCCAAAACUUGAACAGCGAGAUGCCUGUGAAUAAACUAUGCAUUCUCCAUAAUGGCCUUAAAAUUGCUGGAUUUAUGCUGCAUCCUAAGGUGAAGUAUUGGCUUUUAGGUCUUCACCUAAAGAAGACCUAAAAUUGGCAAAUUCAUGUCAUCUCAGAUCUGCAAUGUUUUUAUUUCCCUUUAGUCAUUCAGCAAACAUUAUUGCCAAGUUAUUUUUAAAGGCCUUUUUGUGUACCAGUACUGAUGUGGUUUGAUAUUUUGCUGUCACGGGAAGUAAAACCCUUGUGAUACGGACAGUGUGGAACAUUUCACAUUGGUUUAUAAAGGCCACAUCCUAGCUGAGAAUCUCUCAGCUAACUUAUUUCAAAUACUUGAUUGAUGAGGGAAUGUUCCCAGUGCCUGAAAAUUUAAAUGACAGCUUCUGUGAGCACAGUUCCUCUAUCCAUGUAGGCAUUUUAUCUUUAAAACUGAUUUUCAUUUUGUGUUUUUGUGCAGUAGCUCUUACUUACCUUUUUGUUAUAAAUGAUGCAGUUCUGCCUUCCAAAGCUACUGGUUUUCUGUAUUUACCUUCGCACACGUUGGGGGAUCAAUUGCAGUAUUUUGGGUGUAACGCAACAGCCUUCCAAAGGUCUUUGAGGGCUUGAAGAUGUGCUUCUUGCUGUUGACACUUUCUCCUAAAAAUGAAAACCAUUUUUUUUUGAGUAAAGGUGAUCUUAGUGACACUCUAGCUGGAUAGAUGUCACCUCUUUUGCAGCAACUUAAACAUGAAAAGAACUGACCAGGUUUCAAACACUGCUCAGCAUCUUCCUCCAUCUAACAAGGAGGAAGACUACUCGCUCCACCAAGACCUGUCUAAAAGGAUCAAGAUCCAGGACUUCUCUUUCUGUAGUUCUGGUUCUGAAUAAGCCCAGUGCCUCAGUUUCCCUGUGGCUGACAUGGGAAUGAUGGUACUUUUCUUACUUGCUAACACUGGAGUAGUGCCAGGCUUCACUCAUUAAUAUUCUAAGAUGUUUGCCGAGGCUCUGGGAUGAAAAUACUUCAGUAAAGUAUGUAAAUAGUGCAAAAAGUAAUUUAUCUACUCAAAGUGGAUUAGUUUCCUUGUUUGGGUUACAGAAUUGAUGCCAUCAACUAAACGCCUCUUUGUAGUCAUGAUUUUUUUUUUUUUUUGUAUAAUGCAACUAUUUUAAAGAAUAAAAUUCUGAGGGUUGUGAUUAAAAUCCUAACCAAUACCUGUCAUUUUUCUCCUACCUGUAAAGACAGCUUUCCAAUACGAUUUAGUACAACCUUAGCUCCCGUACUUGUGAGCUAUGGUGGCUUUGUAAAUUCUGUUGGGAUUUUCCUUGUAUUAUAUACUAAGAUUUUUUUUAAAAAAUACAUAAUUUUGACUUUAAUAUAUAACUGAACACUGUUAAAUACUUCUGUUAUUUGAGAAGAAUUUAUAAUAAAUUGUAAUAAAAAUUA